GGAAGCGGGCAGAGAAGCACGUGAGGAACUGGGUGCUCAGUUCGAUUCACGAUGAUAACCCCGGCGUUUGAGAUAACGCAAGAUUCCUGCUUCCUUACGAUAACCAUAAAGGUUCCUUUUGCCAGAGUGUCCGAGGUGGAUGUUUACAUUGACGGAGAUGACUUUAAAUUUUAUGCCAAGCCCUACUUUUUAAGACUGAGUCUCCCGGGGAGGAUUGUGGAAGAUGGACGUCAAACUGCCAAAUAUAAUGCCGAUGAGGGUGUGUUUACUAUUUGUGUCCCGAAAGAGACCCCCGAGGAGCAUUUUGAGGGUCUUAACCUGUUGACCUCGUUGUUGGCACCCAGAGGAACAAAAUCAUGUAAACCCUUGAUAGAAGAGAUAGGUUCUCCCAGUGAGUUACCUCCGGAGGAUGACGAGGAAUUCGACUGGCAAAUUGAACAAACGCCUUUCGAGGAACCCCUAGAAAGUGCGCUUAAUCCUCAGUGCAGUUACGGCUUUGGAAAUCUACGAAGCGGGGUCUUCGGGCGACUGCAGGAUGAGCUGAAUGAUAUUAUUGAUUUACGAGACCCAGACAUCACGCCGGUAUCGGAACGCACGCAGAGGCGUCUGGCAGCUGAAAAGGAUAAGUUUGACCCUGAUCAUUACCUGGCCGACCUCUUUGAAGACGACGCCGUUAAGCAUUUGUUGAAGUACCAGCCUUGGUGGGUCGAAGGAGCGAGCGAUGGAUCCCAGGAGGGAAAAGUUAUCUUUAGUAACAAGGAAAAGGACCAGCUGAGGAAAUUCACCAACAAGUCUUAUUUGCUUGAUAAAAAUGCCGACCGGACGGCGUUCCUGGGUCUGAUCGACCUGCUUCUGGCGUAUUGCUAUGAAAUCCGCGUUACGGAGGGGGACAGGAGUGUGGAGUCUGCCUGGAACAUAAGGAAGCUGAGUGGAACGCUGAGCUGGUUUGAGAAUUACAAGACGGUUCAGGAGGUUCUGGUGUCGUUCGGAAGGCGCGUGUUGUGCUACCCUCUCCACCGGCACUUCAGUCUGGUGACGAAGGCUAUCGAGGAUACCUGUUCGCUGCUGAAGCUCGGUAAGGCGGCCAUUUUGAAGUGCUUGUUGGAUAUCCACGUCAUAUUUCAGGAAAAUGACCCGGCGUACAUCCUGAAUGACCUGUACGUUACGGACUACUGCGUCUGGAUUCAGAAAGUCAAAUCCAAAAAAGUAUCCUCCCUGUUGAGCUUCGUGCAAGAAGCCAGCAUCUCCAAGACAGAUCUGGGGUUGGAACUGGAGGAGCUGGAAGAAGCGGCUCGUCUCGUGCAGGAGGAGGAAGAACAUCUCCUCUCCGAGUCCCUCCACGUUCCCAGACGGCGAGCUGAGCUCCUCGACUCCGAUACGUCAAGCGGCAGCUCCUCGUCCGGCACAGAAGACUCCGCGUCUGAGGAGGACGAGCCACCGGAGGCCAAAGAGCCUGCUCUGGAGGAAUCUCCCGAGUCCCUCCAGAGGGAGACCGCCAAGCUUCUUAUAGAGGACAUCGAGACGAGCCAAGAAGCAGCUGAACACACACACGUUUCACCCGAACCCACAUCUGUUCCCUCGCAAGCCGCGGAGGCCAUCGAGGAGAAACCAGAGGCUGUAAUUAUCCACUCGGAGGAUGCGUUAGAACAAGCUGCUGCUCACAGCAAUACUCACGGCGUUCCAGGAACCGUCUGCGCCCUGCGAGAUACAGAAGAGACUGCCGUGACGUGCGCCGGCAGAGAGUUCCUUGAAGUGACGCCGUGGAAGAAUCCGAUGCUUAUUGUUCCCCAAACAGAUGAAAACGAUACCAUGUCAGAGGAAGCUUAAUCUUCCCUGUUCCACCUCGUUAACCUAAGACUGCUUUCCUUUCCUCGUGGAAAGAAUUGUCGGGGCGGAUGACCUUGAUGCGGUUUAAAGCGUGCGUUCGGCGUUUAUAUGGCGCCGCUUCUAGUCGAUUUGCGCGCUCCGUUCAGAUCUUACUGGUCGGAAGCGGAUGAAUCACGUUUAUCAGCAAAACCUGUUUUUCGUUAUCGUUAAACCGGAUUUACUCGCACAGAGUAUCUUUCGUUUGCUUUGUAAAUAACGAUCGGUACUUUGUGCAAACAUUGGCUAUUUCUCCCCAAUUUCUUUCUAGGCUUUCCUAUCCUCCUGGAAGAAGAUACAUAUUAGUCUAUACUCUAGAUUGUGAUACAUUUUAUACAUUUUCUGUAUUAAAAAAAUAAGAGCAGAGGUUAAAUAAAAGGUUUCUGCUCGUGCGCAUGCA